GUGUUGGAACUAAACACUGCCUAAGUUUAUGUUGCUUUAACCUAUCUCGAAACAUUCAGAGGUAGUAUGCGUUGUGUUCUGCACGUGCAGGGCGACAGGAACGCAGCAAGCCCGCGCCAACGGCAGUGCCAAUGCCAAGCCAAGUUCUGGAAGCAGAAGGUCUUGGUCGGGACAGCGAGGGCCGGGUGGCCCAGACAACAUGCGACACAACUACCGCGGCGUUCGGCAGCGCUCGUGGGAAGUGGGUGGCGGAGAUCCGCGAGCCCAAUUCCAGCAAGCGCCGCUGGCUGGGCACCUUCAGCACCCCCGUCGACGCGGCCCUCGCCUACGACCGGGCGGCCGAGGCCUUCCACGGAGAUCUCGCGCAUCUCAAUUUCCCCGCUGACCACGCUGCCGCCGUCACCGUCGCCACAGCCGCGCCGGCGCAGUGGCAGCCCCCGUCCUGCUCUCCCGCUCCCGCCACCACCGCCGACGUCUUCGAGGAGAAUGAGGUGAAUCCACUGGUUGAUGUUGCGCAGGGUGCGGGCGGAGGGGAGGUCGCCAACCAGCCACAGCAGCAACAGGGCGCUUCUUGGUUGUCGCCUGAGGCUGUGCGCGAUGAUGACCCCGAUGACAUUUCCAUGUACAUCGAUUUCGAUGCUGUUGACCACAUGGUGCCUUUGUUAUCCUGGCAUCAAGGUAGAUGAUUGCCAGCCUGACUGGCUGGUUCGACGGCGACGGCGUCCACUCUCCGCUGUGGGCGCUGGGUGGCUGAAAUGGUAUAUUGCUGAGACAGACAGUGCGAGAUGACCGUUUCGCUGACAACUUCUGAUGGUUCGUCUUUCUGGCAGGAUCA